GACGUAGCAUAAACUUCUUUAGUUUAAUCCAAACCAAAAGAACCCCACCAUGAGAUACCUGAUUGUUCUUUUCUUGAUAUCCCUCGUCACAGCACAUAAUGUGCUCCUUGCGCCAUACGGGAAACAAUGUUUCUUUGAAAACUUGAAAAAGAAUGAUGAAUUAGCGAUUAGUUUUCAAGUUGGAUCACGAGACCCAAAGAACUCUGAGCAAUACGACGUUGAUUUCUGGAUUAAUUCUCCUCAAGGACAAACUUUGGUCAAGAGAACUGGUUUCGACCAUGGUGACGAAUCAAUCACCGCUCCUUCCAACGGUAAAUACACUUAUUGUUUCUCCAAUGAAAAAACCGGUAGAGUUGAUUUAGAUGUGUCGUUUAACAUUCAUGGGGUUAUUUACAUUGAUUCCACUGAUCCUAAGCUGGACACUUUGGAUUAUGCCAUUCAAAGAUUAAGUCAAUUAACCAACGAUGUCAAGGCUGAACAAAGUUAUUUGGUUAUUAGAGAAAGAACUCACAGAAACACUGCUGAAUCUACCAACUCCAGAGUUAAGUGGUGGUCUGUUUUCCAAAUUCUUGUUGUUGCUGCCAAUUCCAUUUUCCAAAUUUACUAUUUAAAGAGAUUCUUUGAAGUCCAAUCCGUUGUGUAAGUUGGAUUAGCGUGUAUCUAUAUUUAGAGAAUUAUAAAAUUAUAAAUAAAACAUGAGUUGUUAAUGCAAAUGCACCCAAUAAUUUAUGAAGUAGUGUUUGUAGGUUAAUACGAGUUUCUACCCCUGUUGCUGUUACAAACUGAGAUCAUCUCCUUAAGCUAGAAAUUCGAGGUUUACAGCCAAUACAAAAGAUCUAAAAGUAAAUCGAUCCAAAAGUAAAUCAACCCAAAAAAGAAUCAACCAUUGAUCUGCUCGAUAUCAGAAACUAUCAAUAAACUGCAUCUGCCCACACACAACAGUGUUAGCAGUCCAGCUGUUCCAACACGUUAUUUGCCAAUCAGAUUCUUUAGAUAGCAUUGUAAUGAAUUAAUCUUGAAUGAAAACCAAACUUAUAGAGGUACAAUACUAGAUAUCCACCUAAUACCAUCUCGUAAUGAGCGUACUAAAGAGGGAUUCACUAAAGAGGGAUAUCUUAUCAGGCAAUUAUACUUGUUAUUAUUGGCAACCAACAAAAAUAUUCUUGCAGACUCUCAUUAUAUGCGAAGAUUAUAUGCAGGCACAACUGAUUAAGACGUGUCAGGCAGAGCUAUUUUGCCAAUAUGGUUAGUAACUUUUACAAAAUUGACAGUUUGUAACACUCAAUGAUUUAUUGGAGCACUGUACAUUAACACUGCCUAACAUACAGUAAUAACUGACCGAUAGAAUGACCUGGGGGUAGGCAAAUCAUGCCUAAAGUAUGCCUUAUGGUGAGUCAGGCACAGAUAUGUGCGUGGUUACUAAUAGGUAGUCUGAGUCAUACUCAUUUGCACAAAUGAUCCACAUAUUUGCUCUCAGUCCAAAUUUUAAGUGGGAUAGGUACCUUGUCGUAUUAGAGAGCAUUAGAGAUGAUAAACCCAGUAAUUCGAACGUAAUUGGAACUACUGAAUACCAACCAGGAUGAAUCGGCCGAAGGAGAAAAAAAAAUUCUAAGAGAUAGAGAUACCAUAGCUCAAACUACUUUAUGCUACUGGAAAGCUGAGUUCCGUUGU